CAACGGCCGGCCAGUUGCCGCGUGACCGCCUCCUACCGUGCCGCGACUUCCGACUUUACUAUAGCUUCUAAGUUUUACCCCUAUUUAUAUUCUACGUUAGCUUUUAAGUGUUUUUACCGUUUUAUAUUGUUUUUAUAAGUGUUAGUUUUUAGUUUUAAGUGUUAGAUAACGAGACUGUUAGAUUCCGUGGUUUGAUUGCCGCCAUUUUGUCCGCGCGUUGGUUUCUCUCGCUGGUCAAGAUACGUUCGACAAGUAGGUUCGUGAUGGUGAGCAAGGAGGCUGGUGGCGAGGGCGGGCGGCGGGCGAGGCGGCGGCGGCGAGCCGGGGCGCGGGCGGCGCGGCGGCGCGCGCGCAGGGCGGAGGCCGAGGCGGGCCCGGCCCGGUGCGCCGUGCACUCGUUCGUGCUGCGCUACCAGGCGGCGCUGCGCCGGGUGCCCGCGCACCUGCCGCCCCGCGUGCACGCCGGACCGCCCUCCAAGAGGGUCAAGCGCGUGUCUUGGAGAGACGAGGAGUGCUACGGCGGCGGCGGCGGCGGCGACCCGGCGGUGCUGGCGCUGGGCCCGGCGCGGCGCGCGCUGGUCUACUCGCGCGAGGAGCUGCUGCGCCUGCGCAACUCACCGCACAGCCGCACGGCGCUCGACGCGGCGCUGCGCGGCAGCGAGGCGCUCGCGCUAGUGUUGAAGAAACGUCCCGACUCGCCCAACGAUGAGGACCGAGGGGCGCGGGGGGACGCACCCACCGAUAAGGGUGUGUACGGUCGCGAGCGCGAGCGCGAACGUCGCUCGGCGGACCCGCGCGAGCGCGUGCGCAAGGAGAGCGAGCCCAGCCCCGCCGGCAUCGUGCUGUCGCCGCAACGCAGGUCGUUCACGUCAGGCUGCGGGGCUCCGGGCGUGCCGGCGCCGCCACCGCACGUGGCGCGCACCCGCCCCGAGUCGCCGCUGCCCGCGCCCAAGCACGACCAGCAAGCGGCGCGCCGCAUCGGCUCGGGCCGCAUCAUGGUGCGCGACGUGGUGACCGCCGCGCCCUGGGAGCGCACCGAGCCCGAGCCCUACCGCCCGCCGCGAACCGAGGCCCGUAGUGACACGCGUAGCGACACGCGCGGCAACACCGACAAGUUCGAGCGGCGCUCGUUUGGGCGCGACUCCUACUCCUCUGACAUCAAGAGGGAACGGGAGGAACGGUUCAACAACGAGAAGGGAGGCCGCGACCGAGAGGACAACCGUAGAUCUGGCAGUGGUCGCUUCAAUCAACGACGAUUUGAUAAGGAAGAUGAACCCGAAUGGUUUAGCGGCGGGCCGACGUCGCAACACGAUACGAUCGAGCUGCGCGGCUUCGACGAGACCAGAGACAAGCGCAACGGCACCGGGAACAACACUAAAGAGGACAAGUGGAACAACAACCGGUCGGAGACCAAGUCGCCGCCGCCGCGCCGCGCGCCCUCGCCCGCGCCCCCCAAGGACGACUCCACUGACACCAGCACUGUUAGCAACGAUAAGGACUCUGGCGUGGAGUCGAAGGGCUCGGAGGGCGCGGCGGGCGCGGAGGCCGCGGACUUCAACCUCGACGACUUCCUCAAGUUCGACUCCAUCCCGGACGUGCUCACUAACGGCGGCAGCGAGACGGAGGGCAGCCGCUUCAGCCGCUGGUUCCGGCGCGAGAGCCCCACGCACGACAACCGACACUACGAGAGACUGCUCAACAACAUGGUCAAUGAUCUCGACUCGUCGGACACUUCCCUCAACAAUCCGGCGGCGGGCUCGCAGCAGCAGUUCGCGCCCAUCUCCCCCGCGCGCCCCGCGCCGCCGCCCUCGCUGCUCGAGCUGCUGCGCCGCGCCAACGUGGACGACCACCAGAUGAACGUAGCAGCAGCGGCAGCCAACGCCGGCGGAGGCAAGAUCCAUUCGCUGGAGGAAUUAGAGGCGCGCCUCAGACCGCAGCCCGCGCCGCUGCCCGACCACGACCUCACCGCGUUCAAGAGACUCUUGGCGCAAGUAUCGGGCGGACACGCGGUCCCGGCUGAGCACCGCCCGCAACCGCCGCCGCCGCCGCAGCCGCAGCCGCAACCCAUGAGUCUACUGCAGAUGCUAAACAAGAGCAUGGAGCAGCAGAAGGCGCCGCCGCCGCCGCACAUCCCGCAGGAGCUGGUGUACAAGCUGCUGCAGGUGCAACAGCGCCAACAACAGCCGCCAGAGAUGCCCGCCGGCAUGGGGGGCGCGGGGGCGGCCAUGGGGGGCGCGGGGGGCAACAUGCCCCCCCCGGUGGAUAGGGAGCUGCUUCAGCGUCCGGAGGCACAGGCUAUUAUACACGGUCUGAAGGCAGGCGAGAUCACAGUGACGCACCUGAUGCAGCAGCUCGGCAACCCGGGGCUGCAGUCCCGCCACCGCGACCUGCUGCUGUCCAUCCUGCGCCUGCACCAGCACCGACAGCAAAUGGGCGGGUCCCCGCUGCCGGCGCCGCCCGCGCACCUCGUGGUGCCGCCGCACCACCAGCCGCUCCGCCUGUCGCCGCUGCCGCAUCCAGGCGUCCCAGCUCGCAUCCCCUCCCCCCGCGAGCUGGCGGCUCACACGCAGAGCAUCAUGCAGAGCGCGCUCAUCAAGAAGAAGCUGGAGGAGCAGCGCGAGAACUACCGCCGCCGCCACGAGCCCAAGAACACGCCCAUCUCGUUCACGCCCACUUCUGUGCUCCGUAAGAUGACGGCGGAGAAGGAGCAGGACGCGCCGAGCCCCAAGCAACAGCAGCAGCAGCAGUGGAACCCCAACCCGCCCAAGAUGCCGCAGGGCAGGCCCAUCGUCAAGGGUAACCAAAGCGGCGCCGGCCCCAUGGGCUACGCGCCGUCUCCGUCCGAGUACCAGCAGCACUACCUGAACCAGCAGCAGCAAAUGGCCAACGCCAUCCGUCCCUUCCCGCACCAACAGCGGCCGGGGGCGCAGUCGGUGAGUGAAUACCUACAUUCGGGGGAUCAACUGAACAACCUGGCGCGCGGCGUGGUGGGCGGCGCCACGCUGCAGCAGCUGCUGCUGCAGUCGCACCAGCGGACGCUCAGCGAGAUGGGCGGCGUGGGCGGCGCGGGCGGCGGCGACAACCAGCUCGCACGCUGGUUCUCCCCAGAACUGCUGGCGCGCGCGUCCGCCGGCAAGCUGCCCUCGCUGCGCGUGCCCAACGCCCUCUCGCUUGAGGAGCUGGAGCGCGGACACCAGUCGCCCGCCGUGCGCAACUAGAAGUACACCAAGCAGGGGAUAGAUGGCGUGCAAGCGAGUUUUCGAAAGGACCGUUUUUGUUUUGUGCAAAUUGAUAAGUGAAUGUGG